AUGAAGUUUCUUCUAACAAAACGUCAAUAAUUUUAUUUUCCUUCGAUGUUUCCCGAAGAUUUAAAGAAAAACUAAAAUUCUGUUCUUAAUCCACGAUUUUCCAAUGACGUGUUCGCCCUGUCAACAACUCGAAAUGUAUAUUUAACUUUGCUGAACUAUUGUUUUUCAGGUUUUUUUUACAAAUACAACCAUGUCAGAUUUAAGACAGAAAGAAAAACAACUUGGGUCUCCAAGUACAGGAAGUGAUGAUGGCAACGAACCAAACGAACCAGUUGGGGCCCAAGCGAAAGAAACAGAAGAUCCAGACUUGGGUGACUCUGCACAUUAUGCCCCAGCAGAGACACUCUGGUAUCAUGGUCGGCUUGACAGGUAUCAAGCUGAGGAGAGACUAUGGAACUGCAACAAAUUGGGAUCUUAUUUAGUGAGAGAAAGUGAUCGUAAACCUGGAUCUUAUGUCUUGUCUUAUUUGGGACGUACAGGAAUGAAUCAUUUCAGAAUAACUGCUGUGUGUGGUGACUUUUAUAUUGGUGGUAGACAGUUUGUUUCCUUGAAUGAUCUAGUAGGAUACUAUACAGAAUGUAGCGACUUAUUAAAAAGAGAAAGAUUAGUUCACCCUGUAGCUCCCCCCGAGCCUGUAAAUGACAAAAAGAGAGUUGUUGCCAUAUUACCCUAUACUAAAAUGCCUGAUACGGAUGAAUUGACAUUUAAAAAAGGGGACAUAUUUUUUGUACACAACGACAUGGAUAAUGGAUGGUUAUGGGUGACAGCUCAUCGUACUGGGGAGCAAGGAAUGAUAUUUAGAGAGUUGGUCGAGGAUCUUGAUGAUAGCAUUGAUCCAAAUACUGUUUUUCCCUGGUUCCAUCCAAACUGUACAAAAAAUGAAGCAGUCGAUUUACUAGUAAAAG